AUGAAGACUCAAGAUCUAUUCGCACCACUUUCACUGAAGCGCGGUCCGGCCUUGAAAAGUCGCAUUCUCCUCGCACCGCUCACGAACUGGCAGUGCCAUGACGAUGGAACAGUCUCAGAAGACGAGGUCAACUGGCUCGAACGAUGCGCCGCCGGUGGCUUCUCCAUGGUGAUGACUUGUGCCGCCAACAUCCAUCCCUCCGGCAAGGCGUUCCCAGGACAGAUGGGCAUCUACCACGAUCGCCACCUCGAAGGCCUUCGACGAGUAGCCGACGUCAUCCGGAGCCACGGCGCUGUAUCGUCUGUUCAAAUUCACCACGGAGGUCACCGGGCCAAUCCCGAGUUCGUCCGCGACCGCGUCGGGCCAUCAGACGACUCGACCGCCGGCGUGCGCGGACUCUCGCUCGAGGAAGUCGAAGCCGUUCGCGACGACUUCAUCGCCGCAGCUCAGAGAGCGGAAGAGGCUGGUUUCGAUGGCGUCGAGGUACACUCGGCCUUUGGCUGGAUGCCCAUGCAGUUCCUCUCGUCGAUGUUCAACCGCCGAACCGACAAGUACGGGGGUUCGCUGGGGAACCGCUCCCGGUUUCUCUUCGAAGUCAUCAGCGGCAUCCGCGAGAAGUGCAAGCCGGACUUUCAGAUCGGCCUUCGCGUAUCACUCGAGCGCUAUGGCGUGCCCCUGACCGAGAUGUGGGAGGUUCUCGCCAGAGCGGUCAGGGAGGAAGAGAUCGAUUACGUGGACUUGGCUGUCUGGGACUGGAAGAAGGUGACUCAGGAGGAUCCGUUCAAGGGACUCACUUUUCUGAGCGUGUUCAUGGAUCUACCACGCUCGUCGGUCCGCAUCGGGGCUUCGGGGAAGAUCAUGAAUGCUGAAGAAGCUGUUGCGGUUCUGGAGGGGGGUUGUGAUUUCGUGAUGUUUGGUAGGGCUGCUACUCUGGAGCCUGACUUUCCGAAGCGUUUGAUGCAGAACACAGAACAUCAGUCACCCCCGUUGCCGGUUCCGGAGUCUUACCUCAAGAGCCAAGGGCUGAGCAACAACUUUAUCAACUACAUGAGAACUUGGGAAGGGUUCGUAGCCGACAACUAG